AUGGCUACUGGAAUCCAUAUGCCUUCCUUUAAAGAGCCAGAAAGAAGUCCCCAGCAAGAUACUUCAGACCUAUUUGGCGACGAUGAUGAUGAAGCCGACACCAACUCCGAGUCUGAUGACUUUGAGGAAGUUCAUGUGCCCAGCGGAGCCGCCCCAGAAAAGGCUCCACCAGAAGUUAUCGAGGUGGAUGAUGAUAAUGAAGCACAAGAGGACGAGGAGGACGAUUUUUUGCCUAGCCGUGUGAACAAAUACGCGCCUAUCAACGAGCCAAGUGGAUCGAGUCCUAGAGUACCGCCUGCAAAACGACGAAGGCCUGACUCACCACCUACCAAACUACCGGCACGUCCCAAUGGACCCAACGUUCAUCCUCCAUCCAAUUACAAACCACCUCCUGUGAACCAUGCUCCGCCUACACUUGUCCAACACGGUCCCCACAUGCCUACCUACUUCAAUACAUCAUCCAACCGAAACGAACCGCUUGCACCCAGUAUCAUCAAUAGCGAACCUUUGGACGAGGUUGCCCAGGAGAUUUGCAGCUGGAUAGAAUACUACACCCAAAAUCUGAAUCCAGAACACGUAGAAAUCGAAGCCAAACUCGGAAUAAUAAUUGAUAAGGGGUCAAACUCACGACUGGGCGGCCUUUCGUUGACCGAGUGUGUAUUACCCCCUGAGUUGCCUAUCGAUACUCGCUUCGAGUCAAACAUGCCCCAGCAAGCACACAAACACUACAACGGAUUACUGAACAAGCUGGUAGCUCAGGCUGUCCCGGGCCAAGCACGGGUCAAGUACUCGCAUACCAAACUAGUGGAUGAAUUUUACGGCGAAGGAGGCGACAAGAUUCGACUGACACGAGACGAAAAGACAGGCAAGGUCGCCGCCUGUGUUCGUAAAAAGCGUAUCGCAAAUUUGGAUGUUCAUAGCCCAAAACAAAACGUCGACUGGCGGAUCAGCAUUAAUGUAGAAGAACCAGCUUCCAACCCGACAGGUAACCCGGCUCACACCCGCCGAAAGGAUCGAAUCUCGUACACGCAUCAGGCAUUCAAGAUUGACUUGACGCAGGUGACUUCAUCCCAUAACGGUCCCAACCAGCAGCUAUUACACGAACUCGAAGUUGAGUUUGUCAAUGCGGCCGAACUGCUGCGUCACCGCGCCCGACGAACCCAGCUCGGGCCGGGUGCGAACCCGUUCGACGACCUCGUUCGCGUGUUUGUGAACAAUGUGCGUAUUAUGGCGAGGAACUCGACGCCGUGA